UUGCACAACACACACACACACGCAGCUGCACGCAGCCAUCACUCCCGGCUCUCCCGUUUGCACGGCUGCUUCAAAUGGGCCCCCAGAGAGGGAUGAAUCCGGAGCAGCGGAGGCACUGAAAUAAAAAAAGAAGAAAAGGGGGGAGCACAAAUAAAGGAGAGGAGGGUCGGGAUUCGGACGCAGCGGCAGCAGCGGAAUAUGGCACCGCAAUGCCGGGAAGAGGGUUUUUAGGUGCCCGCUGGAGAUCGCUCCGCUGCCGCCUUGGUUGCAGAAGGGGAAGCGAGCGCGCCCGGAUUUGGAGAAAGCUCUCUCUCCCCACCCCCAGUUCCAAGACCGGGAAGGGGGGAAAGCAGGACCUAGCUAUCCACACGCGCCAUACAAACUCAACACGCGUUGCCAAAAGGGGAGCCGGCAGGAGGAGCGUCGCCGGGGAUGCCAAGGCGCGGUUCCAAAAGCCUAACCGCAGGACAGCCUAGCACCACCCACCCCUGCAAACCAUGGCGACAACUUCACCCACAGCCGCUGUGGUGACAGCCACCGUAGUGACAACAGCUGCUGCCAUGGACUUGCGUGACUGGCUAUUCCUCUGCUACGGCCUGGUUGCCUUCCUGAGCGAAGUGAUUGACAGCACCACCUGCCCAUCUGUUUGCCGCUGCGACAACGGCUUCAUUUAUUGCAAUGACCGGGGCCUGACCUCCAUCCCAGCUGACAUUCCGGACGAUGCUACCACCCUAUACCUGCAGAACAAUCAGAUCAACAAUGCCGGCAUCCCCUCCAACUUGAAGAAAAAGCUAAAUGUUCAGGUCAUCUACCUCUAUGAAAAUGACCUGGAUGAGUUCCCCAUCAAUCUGCCCCGUUCGUUGCGGGAGCUUCACCUCCAGGACAACAACGUCCGGACUAUCGCCCGAGACUCCCUGGCGCGCAUCCCUCUCCUGGAGAAGCUGCACCUGGACGACAACUCCGUCUCCACUGUCAGCAUCGAAGACGACGCCUUUGCGGACAGCACACGCCUCAAGUUGCUCUUCCUCUCUCGCAACCACCUCAGCAGCAUCCCCUCUGGCCUGCCCCGCACCCUGGAGGAACUGAGGCUGGACGACAACCGCAUAUCCACCAUCCCCCUCCAUGCCUUCAAGGGGCUAAUCAGCUUGCGGCGCCUGGUGCUAGAUGGCAACCUCUUGGCCAACCAGCGCAUUGCAGACGACACCUUCAGCCGCCUCCAGAACCUCAGCGAGCUCUCGCUGGUGCGUAACUCUCUGGCAGCCCCACCUCUUAACCUGCCCAGCGCCCAUCUGCAAAAGUUGUACCUCCAAGACAAUGCCAUCAGCCACAUCCCCUACAACACCCUUUCCAAGAUGAGGGAACUGGAGAAGCUGGACCUGUCCAACAACAACCUGACCACUCUGCCCAAGGGUCUCUUUGAUGACCUUGACAGUCUCUCCCAGCUCCUGCUGAGGAACAACCCCUGGUACUGUGGCUGUAACCUCAUGUGGUUGAGGGACUGGGUCAAGGCCCGGGCUGCUGUGGUGAAUGUGAGAGGGCUGAUGUGCCAAGGCCCCGAUAAGGUCAGAGGCAUGGCCAUCAAGGACAUCACCAAUGAGAUGGAUGAGUGCUUUGACGUGGGCCCGCAGAGCAAUUCGGGAGUGGUGGUGGCAGCCAAGACGACUGCCAGCAAUGCUGCCGUCACAACCCCGCAGGGCUCUCUUUUCACCCUCAAGGCCAAGAGGCCUGGCAUCCAACUGCCAGAUUCCAAUGUUGACUACCCAAUGGCCACUGGCGCUGGAGCCAAAGCACUGAUUUUGAACGUCAAGCCGCUAACCGCUGACAGCAUCCGCAUCAGCUGGAAGGCAAUGCUCCCGGCAGCCUCUUUCCGCCUGAGCUGGCUGCGCCUGGGCCACAGCCCAGCCGUGGGCUCCAUCACAGAGACCCUGGUACAAGGUGACAAGACAGAGUACUUGCUGACAGCCCUGGAGCCCAAGUCCACCUAUAUCAUCUGCAUGGUCACCAUGGAGACGGGCAGCACCUAUGUGCCUGAUGAGACCCCAGUGUGUGCCAAGGCCGAGACGGCAGACAUGUACAGCCCCACCACCACCCUCAACCAUGAGCAAAACAUGGACCCAUUGGCCGGGCUGCCGUUGGCAGGGAUCAUUGGCGGGGCGGUGUCCUUGGUCUUCCUCUUCCUAGUCUUGGCUGCCAUCUGCUGGUAUGUCCACCGGACGGGAGAGCUUCUCACACGGGAGCGAGGCAGUCGGAAGAAAGAUGACUACGUGGAGUCGGGCACCAAGAAGGACAACUCCAUCCUGGAAAUCAGAGGCCCUGGGUUGCAGAUGCUUCCAAUCAACCCGCACCGGGCAAAGGAGGAGUACGUCAUCCAUACCAUAUUCCCAUCCAAUGGAACCAGUCUUUACAAAAGCACCCACACCAUCGGCUAUGGCACAACCCGUGGGUACAGAGACGGUGGAAUUCCAGACAUAGACUACUCAUAUACAUGAUGUAGAAUCCCCUCCCUCCUCCCACAUACAUCCCUCCUGACCCCCUCAACCGCCCAGCCACUUCUCUGUUUUUACCCCCCCUCCCUGUCCACACACACAAACACGUACACCAAGGUUUUGUUUUUUUGCCAAGGUGGGAAAAAAAUGGCAAAACACAAAAAACUAUUUUCCAAGCAGAACCAGGUGGAACAAAAGGGGAGGGGAAGAAAGUUUUACAAAAAAAGAAAAAGCAAACAAAAACAAAGCCUAUUUUGUAGAAAACCAACAAAAAGACACACAAAAGUUUUAAAAAAAAGUAGACAUGGAGUGGGGCAAAGACAUAAUUUAUAUUUAAUAUACCAGAUUUAAAAAAAAUACAUAAACAUACAACUCAGACCAUCAAGGAACAUUGGGUUGUUGUUGGGUCCCACCCCUCCCCCUGAGGGGGGCAGGGAGAAGACCUGGAAGAAGGGAAGGGGGAAAGUGAAAAUUAAAAACAAAAAUGCUACCUGUUUUAUCUUUCUUCCUGUAUAAAUCCUCUAUUUUGUUCAGGAGUUAGAUUAUAAAAAAAACAUCAAAAUGUCUUUCCUGGCGGCUAAACUGUUGACUGCAUAGGGGGGAGGGGGCCCAUGCAAAUCUGCUUCCAUUUCUCCUUUUGCAUUCCAUAACUCUGCUUUCCUUACAGGUUCCAAAUUUGUCAUGCAAAGUUGAGCAACCACCACCACCACAACAAAAUAAGCAUUGGCAAUAUAUAUAUAUAUAUAUCUUUCUGGAGUUCUGAAACAAGACCCUAACCCCAACCCUGCCCCUGCCCUUCCACACCUGACUCAAGUUUCCCCUCAGCCCCUUUCUGCAAGACUCAGAAUCUGCCAACUUUGUUCUUCUGCUCAACACGGACUGAUCAUAAAAGAAAUCUCUGUUUGGUUACCUCCUCGCUCAUCUAUCCUUUGGGACAAUCAUUCAAGAAUAUUCUCUUUGUAGGAAUAACUGCAACACGUAGCUCUUUGUCUUUUU